AUGCCAGAGCAGGCAGCGGAGCUCGCCGUGCUGGGAUUAGGCCACUCUUUGGUGGAGAUAAGAGUGCGAGCGCUGAAGAACAUCUUGUGUAAACUGGACCAUUCCCUGAUCUCCGUCUCAGACAUCGUGCAGGAGAAGAUGCUGUUUGUGCUUCUUCUCGAGUGGUUCAAUUUCCCCGAGGUGCCGAUGCAGGAAGAAGUGCUUGAGCUGCUCUCCACGUUAUCAAAGCAUCCGAGUGCAGCCCAGAUGCUCAGAGACGUCGGGGCGGUGGACUUCCUCUCUCAGCUGUCUCGUAACGUGGAGCCCAGCCUGCGAGCUGUCAUCGACGGGACCCUCGACCAGCUGUUCCUGCUCCCCCCACUCCUCCCCAGCCACAACACAGUCUCCACGCAUCGACAACGCAACACAACUCCAACUCCAACAGAUGUUCCACCUGAAGACCAUUGUCCGAAAAUGGGAUAUUUCCACAAGAGCAUGCCAAGCCAUACAGAUGUGGCGCCUCAGAAGAUAGCAGUGCACGAGUCUGUGAGGUGUCUCAAGUUUUCUGUUUUCCCAUGGCUGACUUUGACGAACACAGACAGACACAUACUGUCAUCCAACGAGAGUUCUCUGAGGAGCAGCAACCCUACCUUGGUGCGGACUACAUGUGAACUCCUGUGUGACGUCAUUAUGCAAGACUUUCCUGCUGAGAUCUUCCUGCAAAGGCCCAGCAUAGUGCAGGUAUCAAUACAUGACCAUGUUCCUGUGCUGACUAUAGUAUUCUUAAUGUUUGGCUAUACUCAUGUGGUUUAGAAUUGUGAGUGGAAAAACCUCAACACAAAACUUUAUUUAAAUGCUUUGAAGUACAUGUUGAAUGAAAUGCUUUUAUUGGACUAUGAGAGCAUUAGUGGGAGAGUUUAGGGAGCUAGUGAGCAGCUGUGAUCCAAAAACUGUCUUUGAUCAUGAAGCCUAGUGUUUCAAUUCUCAGUGUUAUCAGUGAAGUGUGUGAGACACUGCAGACUCUAUCCUAACAGGGAUAAACAGAGAGAUGGAUGACUCAUAAACGGCAGGUCCAUGCAGCAGCAGCAGAA